AUGACACAAAGAAGAUCAAGAAAGCCAAUUGUGUCUGAUGUGAGUCAUUUUACAAAUCUAAAUGACGAUGACGACGACGACGACGAUGAUGAUGAUGAAAAACAUUGGUAUCAUAUACGAUCGCCAUCGCCUCCUUCAUCUCUUAGUAUUAACAAUAAUUUUACUCAUCAGUUGUCGCCAGCAACGAUAGGCUCAUGGGGCUUUGACGUUAAUCGCCCAACAAAUGGACAGCCAUUAUUACCAUUUACAUCAAACAAUAAUAGCAACAAUGAUCAACAUACAAUGCCGAGAACAACGAAAGAUUACAACGAACGUCUUGUUGAUAUAUCAUCAUCAUUGUCGUCUCAAAAUUUUCCAUUGCGCACACCGACAUUAACUAGACAUCGUAACGGAAACGAAUUUGCUGCUGUUGAUCGUCUUGUUCUCGGACCGAAUCGAAUGAAAGAGCAAAAUUACUAUCCCACGGAUGAUUUAUAUCCACAAGAAGUUGCACCGACGAAUCAAUCUCCCGUAAGUUCAAAUAAUCAUCGAAAAACACAAGCAGAACAAGAACUUAUUGCUUGGCAAAAUCGAAUGUUACAAAGAGAUCAACGAAAUGGCUGUCAAUCGCCAAACGUAAUCAAUAGAAAAAAUGGAUUGAAUUCUUCACAGUCAUCGAGUCGUCAAAUAGCUUCAUCCACUCGGCCAAUAUCCGCCAUGUCAAAUAUGAGUGAAAGUCAAUACUUAGAACACGACUUCCAUGAAUCAACAAUUAAAUCAGCACGUGUUGUUAAACGAUACAUUGAAUUACUUUAUCAUCUACAAACAUAUUAUGAACGUAUAACUAAUCAAUUAUUUAAUGGAAAUAAAUUUUUAAGAAUAAACCAAUCAUCUCAGUCUAUAUUCAUAAAUCACUGUCGAAAGAUUUCUGAUCAGCUAGAAAAAUUAAAACCAGUAUGGGAAGAAAAAUUAGCGUAUCUUCAAAAUCUACUUAAAAAUAUCUCGUCAUUCGAAUGGUCAACAAUAAAGAAUGAGACAACAUUUUUACAACGUCGUUCAAAUUUAAAUAAUUUAAUACAAACAUUGAAUACACAAAAAGAUCUUGACGAGACUGAUUUAUCUAUACGUGCUGAUAUUGAUCGAGUAUUGCAUGACGAUAAAUUAGCUGUCCAACUUCAAGAGGAACUUUCAACAUUACUUCAACAUCAAUCUUUAUUAAACGAUUUGACAGCAUUACUUCAAUGGAAUCGUCAAAUCUAUUCGCGAAAUGAACAAAAUCGUGUUGAAAAUGUUUUACCUUUGCUACGAGAACAAACGGCUACAACUGAUAGUUAUAUAUCACAUGUUAGCCAGCAAUUAGCUGAAGUGGUAAUGAAUUUACGUUCUUUGGAAAAAUAUAUUUUAUCCUAUACAAAUACAAUUCCAUCGAUUGAUGAUGGAAUAGUACCUUCAAAAAAUGGAUCAUCAAAUCGUAACCAUUGGCGUCCCUAUGAAGAAAAUGAUUUAGAUGGAUUGAAAAUAAAGGAAUCUCGUUUACAAGAAUACGAUCGAAAUGGAAAUACAAAUGGUGAUCUACCAAUUAAAAAGACAAGAUCUGCUUCGUUGUCUCGUGUUUUGGAUUCUGAAGAGUCUACUCGUUACUUAAAUCGUGAAGAUCAACGAACAUCACCAAAGAAAAGCAAUAUACAUGCAAAUGGAAAUAGUAAUAAUAAUAAUAAUGCUGGUACGAUAGCACGUCUCGCAACAGUUAAAUCUGCUAAGCGUGAUAAUAAAUCUCAACCAAAUAGUAUUCUUAAGCCAAAUCCUCAAACACCAUCGUUGCAUGAAAGAAAAAUAAAUUUUGAUAUGAAUACCGAGAUACUCAAACCAAAUAGAGUCGACAUACCCGAUCAUCGAUACGUUGAUUUUGAUAGCGAUGAUCAAGUAUUAGCAAUGCAUGAGCGUAUAGGAAAACUGAAGAGAAGAGACGAAUCACGAAAAGUAGUUUCAAAACAAAAUUUGCAAAUAAUGAACGAGCAAGAUUUUGACGAUGGCCAUAUCCGAUCGUAUUUAAAUCAAAGAAAAUUCGACAAAGAACAGGAACGAGCUUUAAAUAUACAAUCAAGACUUGCUGAAGAAACAAAAGAAAAAACUCGUCAAAUUGCAGCAAAACAUGCUCUAUAUAAAGCAUAUCCACAACGAGCAAUUUCUCCUCAUUCAUAA